AUGUCCAAAAAUGAGCUGGCAGAUCAGGUCCUGCACCUGUACAAGGGCAACCUUCAGCAUAAACAGCUUAUAAAAAAGCAGGAUGAAGAGCUCAAAAAGACGUCCAUGAUGGUGAGAAAGUUGACAAAUGACUUGGAACAGAUGAAAUUGAGGACAGCAAGUAUAGGUCGGUGGGACACUGCGCAAAUAAAAUAUGACACGCUCAGUAAGGAGAUCUACACACUGAAGCAAGAAAAUAAGGAAUUAAAAAAGCAGCUCAAGGACCAAAAUGUAACAGAAAGAUCACCGGAAUCUGACCGAGUCAAAACAGUGCAGGAGACUAACUAUGACAUCAAUAAGGAGGUCUGCAGACCGAAGGAUAUCCCAAGCAGGUCAAAACAAUACGAAAAGAUCAAGUCAAAGGUUGACUCAAGGUGGACAAAACUACCGGGAACAACACAGCCACAUCAAACAGAUCAGAAAAGGACUAGCAAAGGGGUUCAACCUCCAAGCACCUCCCUCUCUCAACACCGAAACAAACGGCUGAAAAAUGCAGAGUCAGAUAGCCACAAACUUGAGAAAGAGACGGAGUUGCAGGGAGUGGAAACGAAGGAGAUUCAGGAAACAUCAGAGAAACUGCAGAAAGUACUGACUGAAACGAAGUCAGAACAGGAAGAAACAGUUCAGCAGGUCUUUGAGCAAGACAGCCCUACCACAGAAAAACACUUUGACUAUAAUGACAUAUUCAGUGAAACCAUGAAAGAGCUGCCUGAGAAAAGCCAGGUGUUAUUACAGGUGAAGGACCGAAUCAUCCAACUACAAGAAAAUGAUAAGGAACUGAAAACCCAGCUUCAGACCAUGAAGGAGAGCUGUGAUAAGCUCUCCAACCAGCUGAAAGAACAGCAAAUUAAGUGUCAUGACUUGGAGCUGCAGCUCCAGGAUUUGAUCAGGGACAGGAAAAAGGAGCCAUCACUAAACGUCAUUGAUGAACUGCAAGAGUUGCAGUUGAUGCAGGAGAAUUAUGACAAGUUGCUCAAAGAUUAUCAAGAGAGUAAAGAGCAAUGGCAGAUUAAGAAGCAGCAGCUAAAGUCACAAAUCUCCCACCUGGAGUCCCAGCUCAAGACUGAACUUGGAAAUAAAGAAGAGAUACUCACCAGACUUGAGGGUGAAAAAGACACAAUCAAGAUGCUUACAGAAGAAAGUAAGCAGCUUCGAGUUCAAAUACACCAGCAGGAGCAUGGGUCGAAGUCACGAAUCUCCCAGCUGGGGUCCAAGCUCAAAGCUGAACGUGGCAAGAAACAAGAGGUACUCACCAUACUUGAGGCUGAACGGGACACAAUCAAGAUGCUUACAGAAGAACGUAAGCAGCUUGAGGUCCAGGUACGUCAACAGGAGGUGCAGCUAAAGUCACAAAUCUACCAGCUGGAGUCCAAGCUCGAGACUGAACUUGGAAAUAAAAAAGAGGUACUCACCAUACUUGCGGCUGAACGGGACACAAUCAAGAUGCUUACAGAAGAAAGGAAGCAGCUUGAGGUCCAGGUACAUCAACAGGAGGUGCAGCUAAAGUCACAAAUCUCCCAGCUGGAGUCCAAGCUCGAGACUGAACUUGGAAAUAAAAAAGAGGUACUCACCAUACUUGAGACUGAACGGGACACCAUCAAGAUGCUUAUAGAAGAACGUAAGCAGCUUGAGGUCCAGGUACAUCAACAGGAGGUGCAGCUAAAGUCACAAAUCUCCCAGCUGGAGUCCAAGCUCGAGACUGAACUUGGAAAUAAAAAAGAGGUACUCACCAUCCUUGAGGCUGAAUGGGACACAAUCAAGAUGCUUAUAGAAGAACGUAAGCAGCUUGAGGUCCAGGUACAUCAACAGGAGGUGCAGCUAAAGUCACAAAUCUACCAGCUGGAGUCCAAGCUCGAGACUGAACUUGGAAAUAAAAAAGAGGUACUCACCAUACUUGAGGCUGAACGGGACACAAUCAAGAUGCUUACAGAAGAAAGGAAGCAGCUUCAAGUACAGUUACAUCAGCUGGAUCAGCAGGAGCUUCAGCUGAAGUCACGAAUCUCCCAGCUGGAAUUCCAGCUCAAGACUGAACAUGGAAAUAAAGUAGCGGUACUCACCAGACUUGAGGCUGAAAGGGACACAAAUAAGACAUUUAGACAAGAAAAGGAGCAGCUUGAGGUUCAGUUGAAGUCACAAAUCUCCCACCUGGAGUCCAAGCUCAAAGCUGAAAGUGACACCAAACAAGAGGUACUCACCGGACUUGAGGUUGAACGGGACACAGUCAAGAUGCUUACAGAAGAACGUAAGCAGCUUGAGGUCCAGUUACAUCAACAGGAGGUGCAGCUAAAGUCUCAAAUCUCCCAGCUGGAGUCCAAGCUCGAGACUGAACUUGGAAAUAAAAAAGAGGUACUCACCAUACUUGAGGCUGAAUGGGACACAAUCAAGAUGCUUAUAGAAGAACGUAAGCAGCUUGAGGUCCAGGUACAUCAACAGGAGGUGCAGCUAAAGUCACAAAUCUACCAGCUGGAGUCCAAGCUCGAGACUGAACUUGGAAAUAAAAAAGAGGUACUCACCAUACUUGAGGCUGAACGGGACACAAUCAAGAUGCUUACAGAAGAAAGGAAGCUGCUUCAAGUACAGUUACAUCAGCUGCAUCAGCAGGAGCUUCAGAUGAAGUCACGAAUCUCCCAGCUGGAAUUCCAGCUCAAGACUGAACUUGGAAAUAAAGAAGCGGUACUCACCAGACUUGAGGCUGAAAGGGACACAAAUAAGACAUUUAGACAAGAAAAGGAGCAGCUUGAGGUUCAGUUGAAGUCACAAAUCUCCCACCUGGAGUCCAAGCUCAAAGCUGAACAUGAUACCAAACAAGAGGUACUCACCAGACUUGAUGGUGAAAAGGACACAAUCAAGAUGCUUACAGAAGAAAGGAAGCAGCUUGAGGUCCAGGUACAUCAACAGGAGGUGCAGCUAAAGUCACAAAUCUCCCAGCUGGAGUCCAAGCUCGAGACUGAACUUGGAAAUAAAGAAGAGGUACUCACCAUACUUGAGGCUGAAUGGGACACCAUCAAGAUGCUUAUAGAAGAACGUAAGCAGCUUGAGCUCCAGGUACAUCAACAGGAGGUGCAGCUAAAGUCACAAAUCUACCAGUUGGAGUCCAAGCUCGAGACUGAACUUGGAAAUAAAAAAGAGGUACUCACCAUACUUGAGGCUGAACGGGACACAAUCAAGAUGCUUACAGAAGAAAGGAAGCAGCUUCAAGUACAGUUACAUCAGCUGGAUCAGCAGGAGCUUCAGCUGAAGUCACGAAUCUCCCAGCUGGAGUCCCAGCUCAAGACUGAACUUGGAAAUAAAGAAGCGGUACUCACCAGACUUGAGGCUGAAAGGGACACAAAUAAGACAUUUAGACAAGAAAAGGAGCAGCUUGAGGUUCAGUUGAAGUCACAAAUCUCCCACCUGGAGUCCAAGCUCAAAGCUGAAUAUGACACCAAACAAGAGGUACUCACCAGACUUGAUGGUGAAAAGGACACAAUCAAGAUGCUUACAGAAGAACGUAAGCAGCCUGAGGUCCAGGUACAUCAACAGGAGGUGCAGCUAAAGUCACAAAUCUACCAGCUGGAGUCCAAGCUCGAGACUGAACUUGGAAAUAAAGAAGAGGUACUCACCAUACUUGAGGCUGAACGGGACACAAUCAAGAUGCUUACAGAAGAAAGGAAGCAGCUUCAAGUCCAGGUACAUCAACAGGAGGAGCAGCUAAAGUCACAAAUCUCCCACCUGGAGUCCAAGCUCAAAGCUGAAAGUGACACCAAACAAGAGGUACUCACCAUACUUGAGGCUGAACGGGACACAAUCAAGAUGCUUACAGAAGAAAGGAAGCAGCUUCAAGUACAGUUACAUCAGCUGGAUCAGCGGGAGCUUCAGCUGAAGUCACGAAUCUCCCAGCUGGAAUUCCAGCUCAAGACUGAACUUGGAAAUAAAGAAGCGGUACUCACCAGACUUGAUGGUGAAAAGGACACAAUCAAGAUGCUUACAGAAGAACGCAAGCAGCUUGAGGUCCAGGUACAUCAACAGGAGGUGCAGCUAAAGUCACAAAUCUACCACCUGGAGUCCAAGCUCAAAGCUGAAAGUGACACCAAACAAGAGGUACUCACCAGACAUGAUGGUGAAAAGGACACAAUCAAGAUGCUUACAGAAGAAAGGAAGCAGCUUCAAGUACAGUUACAUCAGCUAGAUCAGCAGGAGCUUCAGCUGAAGUCACGAAUCUCCCAGCUGGAAUUCCAGCUCAAGACUGAACUUGGAAAUAAAGAAGCGGUACUCACCAGACUUGAGGCUGAAAGGGACACAAAUAAGACAUUUAGACAAGAAAAUGAGCAGCUUGAGGUUCAGUUGAAGUCACAAAUCUCCCACCUGGAGUCCAAGCUCAAAGCUGAAAGUGACACCAAACAAGAGGUACUCACCAGACUUGAGGCUGAAGGGGACACAAUCAAGAUGCUUACAAAAGAAAGGAAGCAGCUUCAAACUUGA